UGUCCCUUUUCUAGUUUAUUCACGUUUUCUUGUGCAGGUUAGCCAGAGUAAUCGAGCAAAUUUGCACAAGUGAACAUUUAUCAAUUUAGGAUGCUACACGUUAAGUGACAACACUGAACUGAGAUCAUGGUGGUCAAUCUGUGCCUGCCUCAUUUUCAAACCACCAUACAGUGCAACAAGCUGUGUGCGGACAGCUAUGAUGUCACCAACCUCCUGUCAGCUGACCCGGCCGUGCGGAGGCGAGGCUUCAAGCUGGAAUACUUCCUGCGUCCACCAAUGCAGGUGACGCUGCAGUUCAGCCUGCAGGUGGAGGUGAGCAGGGUGGAUGUGCAGCUGUGGCCCUGGGCCAUGGACCGAGGACAGGCCUGCAAGAGGCUGGAGAUCAGCACCAGCUCCAGCCUCCCACCGCCCCACCCACCGCCCCACCCAGGCUGCCCCCAGCAGGGCCCUGCGUCUGGGCUCAGGGGGGGACGGCACCGGGGCCAGGAGGGCCGGAAGGGUCCUUGGUUCAAGGGUCAUCACUGGGGCUGCGAGGGGCAGGACCAGGGCCAGCACCAGACCGACAGAGACAGCGCCCAGGCCGACUUCAAGCUGGUGGGCCGCUGUGAUCUGAGGGACGACCCCCCUGUCUGCUUCUCCCACCCCCUCUCCCGGCCACGCCCCCCCUUCCCCUCGCCGGCCCCGCCCCCCCCUGCCGGCUGCCGGCGGGAGCAGCUGUGGAGCUCCGCCUCUCUGGGCGCGGUCAGGCAGCUGCGUGUCACUGUGGCGUUUGGGGGCGCUGCCUCGGCGCUGGGGCUGAAGGCUCUGGCCGUGUGGGGGCUCCCUGCUCGCUGCUGCCCCCCGCUGGAGGUGGAGAGGCUGCACAGGGCCCACACAGCCAGCCUGGGACCACCUCCAGCUGGGCCUGGAUACUCCACCCCUCACACGUCCUCUACCUCACCUCCAGCUACAGCAACACCUCCAGCUAGCCUCCCAGACGUUCCAGAGGAGUUCCUUGACCCCCUGACCCAGGAAGUGAUGUUGCUGCCCAUGCUGCUGCCGAGCGGAGCGUCAGUCGACCUCUCCACCUUGGAGGAGUACAAGCGCAGGGAGGCCACCUGGGGUCGUGCCCCCAAUGACCCCUUCACGGCCGUGCCCUUCACCCCGGACGCAGGCCCCCUCCCCAACCCACUCCUGAAGAGCCGCAUCGACCGCUUCCUGCUUCAACCGGGGUCAGGGGUCAGUGGGGGGUCAGGGGUCAGGGAGGGAGUGUUGGGGAGACAGGAGGAUAGGGGGACACCCCACACCUCGAGACUGGUAGCUGUGAGGGGGGGGGAGAGGGGGGAGGAGGAAGAGGAGGAGAUCAACUCUCAGCCCUGCAAUGGUAAUGCAUCCUCCAGUAUCCAGGGGGCACUGAGUGGGGACAGGAACACCAGGAGACAGGAGCCCCCUUCUGCUGGAACCAGAGCUGCCAGGAGGGAGAAUGGGCAUCCCGACAGACCAGACCUCCACGCCCUAGGGCCUGGGGAGGGAGGCCACACCCAGGCUCGGGGUCCUGAUCUGGGGCUGGGGAAGAAACAAUCCCUGGGUGGUGACCCUGGCCCAGCUGGUCCGGACUCAGAAGAGCCCAGCUCCAAGCGAGCCAGAACAGAUGGGGAGGCUGGUCCUGGUUGGAGCUCCCAUGAGCAGCGUCUGUGUUCCAGCCUGGACCAGGCGCUCCUCUCAGCUCUGAGAGGCCGGCCGUCCUUCACCUCCCCCGCCUCCCACACCACCACAACCCCAGGUGAACACAGGUGUGCGGUGUGUUCCUGCUCCCUGUCUGCCUAUUCCUGCACCCCCGCCUACCGGCUGCCCUGCACCCACCUGCUCUGCCGUCCCUGCCUGCACAGGAAGUCCGGCCCACCAAGCUCGUCGGUUGUCUCGGAAAUACCAAAGCACUUCCUAUGUCCCGUCUGCCAAAGCUCCGCUCCCUCCUGUGACAUCACACGUGUUCAUCACUGAUUGGCUGCGUGUGGGAGGUAAACCUGUAAACUGAACCCUCUGACCCUUGACCCCUGAGGAGGGAGAGGGGUGUAUUGAUCGACUGAGUGAUAAGUGACAACCCUCUGAUUGUACUGUACCUGAGAGAGACCUGGGCUGGGUCUGAAUGAUCAUUUGCCGGCGUCAUUAAACAUGCUUUGAGCUAAAAAUGCAAGAUGUCAAAUCACAUGAUGUACAAUGUGGACCUCGCCAGACUCCUGAAGGCUCUUUCAUUCUCUCUUUCCUCUCCAGUCUCUUAUCCUUUCUUUAUCUCCUGACUCCCUCUCUCUCUCCUACUCCCUCUUUCUCUAUCCUCUCCCUCUCAAGUUGCAUGGCGGUAAAGGCAAAGGCUGUAACCUUGGGUAUCAAUAGUGUUGGACUGAAGAGUUGUGAGGAGAGAACAGGAGGGAGAGCUGAACAGGAAACGGUGUUCAGCCCCAAGGCUUAUCAGAAAGACGGCCUCCAUCCUCCUCUCCAUCGCUAUCUCUGCACCUGCUGCCAAACACCACUGCUCUCUUCUUCCGCCUGCCUCACUGCUCUCUUCCUCCGUCUGCCUCACUGUUCUCUUCCUCCGCCUGCCUCACUGUUCUCUUCCUCCGCCUGCCUCACUGCUCUC